AUCUAGACGCUUAAGAAUCAUACCAGCAAAACCCAAAGAAACGAGACCCGAAAACUCAAGAGGCAAACUAAGGUCGGUUGUGAACGAAGCCAAGCCGCCAUGACAGAGGAGAGGGAAUAGAUUUAUGGUUCUUUUCUUUGUGGCAUGGACGAUUGAGGGUGUCUUGAAUUCCCGCAUUUGUUUGAUUGAGUAACAAGGUGAGGUAUGCUUUACUUCUUGGUUUUAUGAUUGAUUAUAUUCCUUAGUUGAAGUGGUGCAAGAAUUGUGUUGUGUUUCAUGAGCUUUUGUUGAGGUGGGUUUCUGGUUAUGGCAUCUGGAUUUGCCAUUUUGGAAUGCUCUGUAUUUUCUUGUUAAAAUCAGUUGAGUUCUGUCGAGAUUUCUGUUUGGCAUCAACAUGUUUAACCUUGAGUAUCAAAGAAAGAGAAGAAGAGACGCACAAGUGAGCAAGAUAGAUGACUUUCCCCAAGAGAUCUUGUUUGAAAUCUUUUCAAGACUGAGUGUAAAAUCACUUUUGCGGUGCAGAUGUGUUUGCAAAUCUUGGAAGAGUUUAAUUAGCAACCCUGAUUUCAUGAACGCCCAUCUCAAAAGAAAUGUCUUGAAAAAUGCAUGUGAUUGUCUAGUUAUCCACACUGGGUAUGACGUAAGUGGCUUCUCAGUCUAUGAUGCUGAAGAAUUUACAAAGCGUUUUGAUCUAGAGCUUCCUAGGCCCAAACAUGUCUCAUAUGCAGUUUAUGGUUCUUGCAACGGGGUGCUUUGCAUCUCCGCUGCUUGGCGUGUGAAUUUGGCAAGUCCUAUAUAUCUGUUGAAUCCAUCAAUCAGAGUAUUCAAAAAACUUCCCGAUUGCCACAUCCUGCAAACUGCCCAUUUUGUUACUCUUGGGUUUGGGUUUCAUGAGAGGGGGGACGACUAUAAGGUUGUGAGGGUUGUGAGGUUUCCACGCAAGAAAGAUUUCUUUGCAGUUGAGGUUUACAGCCUUAGAUUGGAUACUUGGACAAGAAUUACUGCAACUCCGCCUGUUUCAAAACAAGCCCGUUUUCCUCAACCCAAGUGUUUAUUCUUCAAUGGAUUUUUGUAUUGGAUUACAGUGGAGCCUUCUCAACAUUGCACUUCCAUUGUUUCCUUUGAUCUGGACAGUGAGGUUUUCCAAAAGAUUAUGCUUCCAGAUAUAUUGUUCGGAGUGGCAUCUGUACCUACUGUUCAAGUGUUUGAAGAAUCGCUUUCUUUGUUCCAUCAAAGAAAAGAUGACAAUGUUUGGUACUGUGACAUAUGGCUUGUGGAGGCAGAUACUUGGACAAUGAACCGCACAAUUCUUUUUCCAAGAUGUGAAUCUGUAGCAUGGCCAUUGGGGAUUAGAACAGAUAACAAAUUUCAUCUGGUUAGGCAUGUUCGAAAUAUGCAACGUGACCCAAUUUUGGUUUUAUGUGAUCCUGUGUUGCAGAGAGCUAAGGAUACCGGAAUCAGCUUGAGUUAUCACUCUCAGUUUGUCGAUGCUUAUAGGGAGAGUCUAAUUUUACUCAACUGAAUUUCUAGUUCUGAGUUCUGAGUUCCAGUUAUACAUGUGUGUAGUGAAUUCUGUUUUUGGUGUCACAUGAUGACGAGUCAUAUGUUAGAUGUAAAUUGGUGACUGAUUUUGGAGCUUGUGGACUGAUAUUCAUGUAUUUGAUAGAUCUGUUUUAAACAUUUGACAGUUAGCUUUUAAUGAAUAUUCCUUGAAAAGAACUUGAA